AUGGUAAAAGAAAAUCAGAUUGCCGUUGGCGAGUAUCUUUUCCGCCGUUUGCACCAGCUCGGCAUUCGCCAUGUCGUUGGAGUACCGGGUGACUUCAAUCUCAACCUUCUCGAUCACAUAUACAAUGUUCCUGAUAUGAGAUGGGUGGGCACCUGCAACGAACUUAACGCUGCCUACGCUGCCGAUGGUUAUGCGCGCACUCGGGGUAUUCCAGGCGCGGUUGUGACUACUUAUGGGGUGGGAGAGCUGAGUGCCAUCAAUGGUAUCGCAGGGGCGUUUAGCGAAUAUGUUCCGGUGAUCCAUAUCGUGGGAAAUACUUCCCGGUUUAUGCAGCAGAAUCACGUCAGAAUACACCAUACUUUAUGGAUGGACAACUGGGAUCAAACAACCUAUCAAAAAAUGAGCGAGCCAGUACGAAGUGACGCCGCAUUUCUCACUGAUCCGGCAGCUGCUCCUGCGCAAAUCGAUCGUGUGAUAGAGACUUGUGUCAAGACGCGGUUACCGGUCUACCUUUUCAUUCCAGUUGAAGUUCCCGAUCUCAUGACAGAUUCUUCGCGAUUAUCAACACCCCUGAAUCUAGAGAUUCGUAAUGAAGGAAAAGAUGAACAGGAAAAUGAAGUUGUGUCCGAGAUUAUCCGUACCAUCGACCAGGCGUCAAAUCCGGGAGUCAUUGUUGAUGCCUUGGUUCAGCGUCAUGCCUUGGUGGAUGAAACGAAGGAACUGAUUGACGCUAUUAAUGCUCCUGUCUAUAUUACUCCAAUGGGAAAAUCCAUUAUCAAUGAAUCCGAUCCUCGUUUCGCCGGGCUAUAUGCGGGUAUUGUUUCAAAUUCGAACACGAAAUUACAGGCGGAAUCCCACGAUGCCAUUUUGCACAUUGGCAACUUUCCUAUCUCUGGGAACACCGGCGGAUUCUCCACAGAUCUUCCAGAAGAUAAAUUAAUAAAACUCCACCCCAGCUAUUGCUCAGUUGGAAGUAAAGUGUGGAAAGAUCUUGACUUCAGGCCAGUGGUUAAGAAGCUCCUCCAGAAGUUAAAAAAUGAGCCUUUGAAACGCAGAGCAGACCCCCUUCCUAAGCUGCAAGAAGCCCCUGAGGGUGCUCAAGUCGACGACUCUUGUACUGAUGCUCUUGACCAUAGGCGCUUCUGGGGCCGACUAAGCAAAUAUCUGCAGCCCGAUGAUUUUGUUAUCGCCGAAGUAGGCACCGCGCAGUUCGGUUCCUUGGAUUUAAAGCUUCCAGAUAACUGCAAGUAUUAUAGUCAGCUUUAUUACAGCUGCAUUGGUUUCACUGUCCCGGCACUUCUUGGCACCCUUCUGGCACGGAAGGAAAUGGGCGCUAAAGGACGUGUGAUUUUACUUGUGGGAGAUGGUAGCCUUCAAAUGACGGUGCAAGAGUUUGGAACGAUUGUACGCGAGGGCCUGACGCCGACUUUAUUUGUGAUUAACAAUGCCGGGUACUCUAUCGAGCGCCUAAUUCACGGCCCCAUGCAACAAUAUAACGACAUCUCCACCCAGUGGAAUUACCAGAAAAUGUUGACAUUUUUUGGGGCCCCGGAGGCUCCCAAUUAUGUGGCAAGAACAUAUGCAGAGCUGGCGACAGUUUUAACCGAUGAGCAAUUCAAAAAAGGCGAUCGAAUUCAACUCUUGGAAGUGUUCUUUGACAUGCUUGACUCGCCAUGGAACCUUACUGCUUUGUUGGAGUUGAAGGAGAAGAGGCUGCAGGCAGCUGCAGAGCCUGCGACAGCAAAAGAGAACUGA